CUAGCUUAUUAUUGUGAUAUUUCUUAUAGCGUUAGUUGGAAAAAGAUUUCUUAACACCCAAAAACACUCACCAACCAUAGAUAAAAGAUAAGAUGUGCGCGCAUAGAUUGAUUUGAAAGAGAGAAUUAGAUGAGAUGGUCGACUUAGACAGUAUAGGCUGUUAGAAUCAGAUGCCCCCAUCCCUCCCUGUGUAAACACCAAAAAUGACUUGCCAUCACAAAUCUCCCAUGAUGCCAUUGCUAAUGCUGAUGAUGCUGCUCCUGCUCAUAAAUCUUGGCAGUGGAAGUCAGACUCAGCAGAAUGUCCCUUCCAACUCCAAUCUCUGCCCCUUCCAUGUAUCAUGUAGUCAUAACAAGAAGUUCCUUGAGCUUCCCGCAGUUCCAGUCCCACUAAAACUCCUCAUCAGUAAAAUUGAUUACAAAUCUCAACACAUAGUAGCACAUGACCCUGAUAACUGUCUUCCACGAAUCUUACUCACGCUCAACUUUCAAUCAAUCUUUCCCUUUCGAUUAUUUGACAAUGAAUAUUUUACUGCAAACCCAACCAACAUUACUUUCUUCGAUUGUUCCUCAACAGGGCAACGAUAUCUGAGAAUCUCGAGGCAAGACAUGUUUUCUUGCCCGAUUUAUGCCAUUGCAUCUGAUGAAAGCUUCGUUAGUUUCGACCUUGCAUCCUGCAUCAAACUGCUUGACCGUGUUUUGCCACUAAGCGCUUACCAGAUAAGAGGAAAUAUACUCGACAUGGCAUGGUCGGAAAAUUUAUUUGAUACAAGAUGCUUAAAAUGUAAGCACAAAUCAAACAAGAAGACUGUAUGUGCUGUUUUGCUCUCUGCAGGUGGAGUUGCUGGUUCAGCUGUGCUGGUGUUUUUGCUAGGUGCCAUCAUUCGUAUAUAUCGCUAUUAUAAGAUGAAAGGCGAGGAUCAUGCAAGAGUUGAGAUUUUUUUGAAGGAUUACAAGGCUUUGAAGCCAACUAGAUUCUCUUAUGCUGAUAUCAAGAGAAUCACACACCAAUUUAAGGAAAAGCUAGGUGAAGGAGCUCACGGGGCUGUCUACAAAGGUAAAUUGUCCACUCAAAUUCUGGUUGCGGUGAAGAUCCUCAACAAUUCAGAGGGAGAUGAUGGGACUGAGUUCAUCAAUGAAGUGGGAACCAUGGGCAAAAUCCACCAUGUCAAUGUAGUUCGCUUGCUUGGCUUCUGCGCUGAUGGGUUUCAUAGAGCUCUAGUUUAUGACUUUUUCCCAAACGGGUCACUGCAGAAUUUCAUCAUCUCUGCAUCCAACAACAAGGAUAAGAAAACCUUCCUUGGAUGGGAAAAGUUGCAAGAGAUUGCUCUUGGCAUAGCCACAGGAAUUGAUUAUCUUCACCAAGGAUGUGAUCAGAGAAUCCUUCACUUUGACAUCAAUCCUCAUAACGUCUUGCUCGAUGACACUCUCACUCCAAAGAUUACUGACUUUGGUUUGGCAAAGCUGUGUUCCAAGAAUCGAAGUACAGUGUCCAUGACCGCAGCCAGAGGAACACUAGGCUACAUGGCACCUGAAGUUUUUUCUAGAAACUUCGGCAAUGUGUCUUACAAGUCUGAUAUCUACAGUUAUGGGAUGUUGUUGUUAGAGAUGGUUGGAGGAAGAAAGAAUAUUGUAAACAACACUACUGGUCAAGAAAAUGAUAGUGUUCAAGUUCUAUAUCCAGAUUGGAUACAUGGUUUGCUUGAAGGAAAGGACAUGCAUGUCCCUAUUGAUGAUGAAGAGGGCGAUUGUGGAAUAGCAAAGAAACUGGCAAUUGUGGGACUUUGGUGCAUCCAGUGGCAUCCUAUGCACCGUCCAUCCAUGAAGACUGUGAUGCAGAUGUUGCACGGAGAGGGAGACAAGUUAAAAGUUCCCACCAACCCUUUUCAGCCAAAAGCUUCAACUAGUACAAGCACUAGUAGUACUAUUGUUGCUGCAAAACGUCUAAAUUUGGAGCUGGAAGUGAUUCAAGAAUUAGAUUAGCUUGACUAAUGACUAUAGAUUUUUAUUACAUAGUUAGUUGUUCAUUGUCAAUGGGUUAUUAUUACUUUUUAGCAAUGUACUUAGUCUAUGAGAAAGCAAAGCAAGAAUCUCAAUGUCUUACGAAAUCUCAAAGUUUGCAUAAUGAGUGAUAUUUAAGUUAAUGAA